AUGGAUAUACUCGAAGUGGAUACUUUGGUCUGUGGUGGCGGAAUGUCUGGCAUGGCAUGCGCUGCAUUUGCAGCAGACGCCGGAGUCAAAACACUGGUGGUGGAAAAACAAUCAAAGAUUGGCGGCUCUUCAAGCCUUUCUGCAGGCAUGUUCUGGGCUCCCCAUACAUACGACAAACUACGAGCCUGGGUUCCCGAAGGCGAUGCGACUCUUCAACAAGCAUGGCUGGAUGAGUAUCUUUCAGCAGUGCAGUGGAUGCGAGAAAACGGCAUCCCGACUGCAGAACGGUUCGAUGGGAUCAUGACGAUUGGUAAAUAUAUUUUAAGCUGUUGCUUGCUCGAACGAUUGACUAACCGCAAAUUCGACGAGAAAACAGGAAUUGGAUUCCCAAUCAAGAUCCCUCAGCUUCAUGAGCUACACCGCAGCCGCAUUGAAGGUAGUAAGAACGGAUCUCGGAUUAUGACGAAUACUUCCGUGGUCAAGCUCAUACAGGAAAGACCGGGAGUACCUGGAUCACGGGUCACAGGGGCUGUGAUUUGUGAACAUACCCCCGGAUCGAAGGACAAAUACUAUGAAGUCAAGGCAAAGGUCGUGGUUCUGGCGACCGGAGGAUUCCAAGGCUCCUCCCAGAUGACGGCCACGUACUUGGGACAGGGUGGAGAUAAUAUCUUCGUACGGUCCAACCCAGGAUCGGUGGGUGAUGGUCUGAGUCUAGCCUCUAGAUCAGGAGCCGGAACAACUAGGGGUAUGAACACGUAUUACGGUCAUCUGCUGGCUGCACCUGUGCGCGCACAAGACGUGGACCCGAAGGAUUAUCUGCCUCUGGCUCAAUAUCAGAGCAAAUUCUGUUUAUUGGUAAACGAAGCCGGCAAGCGAUUUGCAGAUGAAACGACUGGAGAUGAGAUUGUCAACCAAUAUCUGGCAAAACAGGAAAAGCGUCGAGGCUUUUUGCUAUUCAAUGAGAAAACCCGCCUCCAACAUACCGUUGGUGCACCGUUCCCCAAUGCCGGCUCCAUCGAUCGUCUUCAGAAAGCGCGGGAUUACGGAUGCAAUGUCGGAAGCGCACCGACUUUGAAAGGCCUGAUGGAUAUAAUUCGUCAAUGGGGAGUAGAUCCCGUUCAAUCUGCUCGCACCAUCGAGCAAUACGAUCAGGCUGUGCGUCUCGGAAAGACCAAUGUAGGACUUGAUGCCCCAGUCGGGCGAGGCGGCUCCCCACCCGCGCCUUUGGUGGAUGGCGAAGGGCCAUUCUACGCUAUGGAAGUUCAACCAUCCAUCACAUUCACGUACGGAGGUAUUGCAAUCAACAAGCACGGACAGGCCCUGACUCCUGACAAAAUCUCCAUUCCCGGCCUAUUGGUUGCUGGAGUCGAUGCUGGUGGAUUUAGCAACCUGGGAUAUGCUGGCGGUCUUGCUCUCGCAUUUGUGACCGGUUUGUGGGCUGCUCGUGGAGUCGCGCGAGAGUUGGGAUUACCGGAGCCUCGUCUACCAGCUGCUGAUGCGAAAGAUGCGGCACCAAUGAAGGGCCGACUUUAA